AUGUCUGCCUACGAUAACAACAUGGAGUUAAAUGGAAAAACCGGCGAUGGUGACGCUGCCGGGGAUGCUUGUAGCAAAGUAGCACUGAUAACAGGCAUAACCGGGCAGGAUGGUUCAUAUUUGGCUGAAUUUUUGCUGAAAAAGGACUACGAAGUGCAUGGAAUUAUAAGGCGUGCCAGCACCUUUAAUACGACACGCAUUGAGCAUUUGUAUGCAGAUCCCAAAACGCACAAGGGCGGACGCAUGAAACUACACUAUGGUGACAUGACAGAUAGCAGUAGUCUGGUGAAGAUCAUCAACAUGGUUAAGCCUACGGAGAUUUACAAUUUGGCUGCACAAUCGCAUGUAAAAGUGUCUUUCGAUUUGAGUGAAUACACUGCUGAGGUCGAUGCCGUAGGCACUCUUCGUAUAUUGGACGCAGUACGCACUUGUGGCAUGGAAAGAUCUGUUAAGUUUUAUCAGGCCUCCACGUCGGAGUUGUAUGGUAAGGUGGUGGAAACGCCACAGAAUGAACAGACGCCAUUUUAUCCACGAUCACCUUAUGCUUGUGCCAAGAUGUAUGGCUUUUGGAUAGUCAUCAACUAUAGGGAAGCAUACGACAUGUUUGCCUGCAAUGGCAUACUCUUCAAUCACGAGAGUCCACGCCGUGGCGAAAGCUUUGUGACACGCAAAAUUACACGCUCUGUUGCAAAGAUUCUGCUAAAUCAAAUGGAAUAUUUUGAGCUGGGCAAUUUGGACUCGAAGCGUGAUUGGGGCCAUGCCAAAGACUAUGUGGAGGCCAUGUGGAUGAUGCUGCAGCGCGAUGAGCCGGCUGAUUAUGUGAUUGCGACUGGUGAGACGCACAGUGUGCGUGAAUUUGUGGAAGCUGCUUUCAAGCACAUCGGGCGCGAGAUUGUGUGGAUUGGCAAAGGUAUUGAAGAGGUGGGCAUCGAACGCAACACCGAUAUUGUGCGGGUGCGUAUUAAUCCACAGUAUUUCCGGCCAACAGAGGUGGAUCUGCUGCAGGGCGAUGCAUCUAAGGCCAAGCGCGAGUUAAACUGGACACCAAAAAUUAGUUUUCUUGAGCUCGUUAGCGACAUGAUGAAUGCUGAUAUUCAGCUGAUGAAAAAUAAUCCAAUUGCCUAA